UUGCAAUGCAAGUUAGGAAGGCCGUCAUUCCCGCGGCGGGCUUUGGGAACUCGGUUUCUGCCCAUCACCAAGUCGGUACCCAAGGAGCUGUUGCCCAUUCUGGAUCGGCCAAUGCUCCAAUACGUGGUGGAGGAAGCAGCAGAAGCGGGAAUUGAAGAAGUUAUUAUUGUUACGGCCAGAGGAAAGGAAUCAAUUGCCGCUUAUUUUCAACCGCGGCCGGAAUUGGAAGCCCGCCUUGCGGAUACCGGGGCAACUGACUUGUUGAAAAUGGUCAAGUACGUCUCAGGAUUGGCUGAUGUUUCCUUUGUAAUACAGGAUGAACCCCUGGGGUUGGGACACGCAGUCCUGACCGCUAAAGAAAAGGUCGGUGAGGAACCGUUUGUAGUUAUUCUCCCCGACGAUAUAGUGGACCAUCAGCCGGGCGUCAUUGCGCAGAUGCUGGAGGUCGCCAAUCGUCACGAGGCCGCCACGGUGGCAGUAGAACAGGUCCCGUGGGAAAUCGUCCAUAAUUACGGGGUGGUCGAUGUAGAACCUACCGUAAACAGCGGUACUCAUCUGGUCAGGCAUUUGGUCGAAAAGCCGGAAAGGAGCGAGGCGCCAUCAAAUUUAAGCAUCGUUGGGCGCUACAUCCUUCCUCCUCAAAUAUUCCAGUGCCUGGAACACACUCCUCCUGGAGCAAAAGGGGAAAUUCAGCUCACCGACGGCAUACAGCUAUUGUUGGAGCGCCAGGAUGUCUAUGCCUACGAAUUUCAUGGCACCCGCUAUGACGGAGGAACUCCCCUAGGCUUGCUGAGAGCCUCGCUGGAAUUCGGUUUGGCACGCGAGGACAUGGCAGAUUCGGUGCGCGCGCUCCUUGAUUCGUUGCAACCCAAUAAUUAA